CUGCUAGAUGAAAACAUAACAAGAGAGAAGUCGAACUUUGCCGCUAGAUUCAGAAUUAUUUUGUUUCUCGGAUCAUAGUUUCUUUGAAAAAUUUUGUACAGUAUAUUAAAUUUGCAAAAAUGGAGGAUUUAAACGGAGAUAUUAUCCAGUGGAAGAAAUUGUGGCAAUUGAUAUCUGGAAUUCACUACGAAACUCCAAAUUCUGUUGUGCGGGAUAAGCUGACUGAUGUUUCUAAAGAGUUGACCGAUGGGAUUUUACUCUAUAAAAAAGCAGGAAGUGACCGAGGCUCGGAGGAAAAAUUCCAGAAAAAAAUGAAAGACCGCAACCAGCAAAAAUUGCUUACAUUUGCCACUAAACUUUACCAAUAUUUGGAUAUCGAUGCGAUGCAGUCCUGGAAUAUUCUGUGCUUUUACCUUGUCAAUGAAUACCGUGGUCCCGCAAAUGCCUUAAUGGAUUACAUUUCAUCCGAGAGCUCAAUGCUUACAUUAUUAAAUGAUAUUUGGGCCUAUUACACACUUGAGCGAAUGGUAAUGUUGAAGAUUACCAAAAACUUACUCGAAUUUUAUAACUCCGGUAGCCAUCCUUAUUCGAAGGAGUACAAAAUAGUGGUGGAUAAGAUUGGUUUUGCGAAUUUAAGAAAAUCUUACAUCAAGCAACUGGCUCAUUUGAUAAUCGAAUCUAUGCCAGGAAAAUUGAUUCCGGGCGAUAUGCUAAAUAAUCAAGCAAAAAUGGUCAUGUGGUCCGAGCGAAAAAUGAGAGAAAUGAAUGAAAUUCUUCACAUUCUUUUAUUAAUUAUCAGCAUCGAUGGAAUAAGUGUGAAUGAAUUUAUCGAACUAUUCAAAUUAUUUAAAGGCCACUCCUUCGGACGGCAACAACAAUAUUUGUAUAACGCUAAUGAAAACCACAGCGAUAUGGUUAAACGGAUAACUUUCAGCGAGCUAGCUAUUGUGUACUGUGCUUUGGAUGUGACAAAUCGGUCGUAUGAGUCAUCGUGGAUAGUUGAGAUGGUAAAAGCCCUAGACAAUGAAUUCGUUGCCUUACAUCAAUUUCCAGAGCAUGGACCUUUACUGCUCGUAUGGAUGUUGUUUAAUUUUAGACUACCUAGCUGCUCAGAGGAUGACGAUUUGUCUAGCCGCUACCGUCAAUUUGGCUCCAGAGCAAUCCAGUUGGGCGUAUUCCAGUACUUGUAUGCUCUGGUGACACAUUGCACAUUUAAGGAUCAUAACCUUGUUUGUCGGGUGACCCGGAGAGCAGUAUUCAAUCAUCUUGGAUUUAUGUGUAAACUGUUCGAUUCGGAUGGAUCUAUGUCUCAACACUCGAAAAUUUUCGAACUGUUUAGUGAACUACUCCACAGUCCAUCGAUUGCAACGGAACUGUGCAAAAACGAAGAUACACCAAUUCGAUCUCUCUUGGACACUGCACUGGAAAAUUUUCCUGUAGAUUUUGUGCCGCUCUCGAUGAUUGCACACGCUCUAGCGUCGGCAGGGAUAGCUCAAAACAAGUACAUCCAUGAAAUACUCGAAAAUCUACCCGUCUACAGUGAGAUAUUCAAUCCCGAUCGCUACGAGUUGCGUCCGUCACCGUCCAAUGAAGAUGAGUUUGUUCUAAUGCAUGACUACGAGCCGUUUCGAAAGAUUGGUUUCAAAAUUGCCCGAGGCACCGCGGCGGUCGUCAUCGAUAAACGGCCACACACGUUGGUACAUUUUAGAACUAGUUUCAACUUUUUCAAUGCCCUUCAUCACGAAAUAAAUGAACUUUUGUCUGACGCUCUCGCUUAUACCCAAUUGAACGAUGAACGAAUUCAACGAAUUACUGCAGGUAUCCGUUAUCUAGCAGUCGCCGUAAAACGAAUUCACCAACCGCACGAAAUUGGUUCCGAAAUGGUUCAUCCAACAGAGAUGGUCUUUGACAUACUGCUCAAAUUCAAAGUGAUACAAAAUCCCCCGAUUGAGCUGCUGGCCGAAUGUCUUAACGUGUGCGCUGCUCUGGUACCUUUGUUCGAACCGGAAAUUUACGCAAGAGUGAUUAAUUUGAACAUGCUCCCGACUGUAAAUAACACGAGUCUGGAUUUUAAAGAUUACGCCACCGGAACCGGCUUCGAGUCCAGCCUAAUUGGAUAUUAUUUGGUCAAUCAGGAGAAAACCACUGGCAAAUAUCGAAUUUUGAUGGCGUACUUGAACUUUUUGAAAACUUACACAAAACUAAACAGAAAUAAUGUGUUUGGAGUGGAGCUACCGGGAUUGAUAUUUCUGCUGCGCGAGGUUUUUCCACAUGCUCAUACGUGGCGGUUUGAGCAGGAAGCGGAACGGCAAAAGAUUUUUGUCUUCAUUUUGCAGUACAUUUUUGAGAUUCUUCAGCUAAGCCCAGAUACUUUGAAGAAUGAUUAUCCCCGAAAGGUGCUGCGAAAUGUUUGCGUUUACAGUUUGUUGGAUUUGGACAAUGGCAUGACGUUGCUGAGAUUCGUAGGUUUAGGAAACGGCUAUCUCCAGAAGGUGAUGGAAAGUGAAACUAGUUGGAUGAUGGCACCGGAGCAAAGUAUGAACAUUGUUGUUCAACUGUCGAUGACGAUAUUGAUGCAAAUUUUGCGCCUGAAACAUGCAGUAAUCGAAGAUAGCAAAAUAUUGUCUCCUCUAGAAUCAGCAAUCUACACACAGCCCAAGCAAAGAGAUACCCUUCGAAUAAUUCCUGUGGUGACGGGUUAUAUGAGUAAUAUUUUCAAUCGCCGGCUACCGAUUCUCUCCUGUCGGUUGCUCAGACGUUUUUCGAUCGAAUUCCAAAUGUCCCUGCUAGCAUGUUUAGACAUGGAACCCGAUCAGAUACGUCUUAUUUUCCUGCAACGAUUGAGAGAUGAUCUUGAAAGUGAUAAUUUGAAAAUUGCCGUUCUCGAAUUUGUCGAAGCAUGCAUUCACAAACAACCGGGCCUGACGGAAGCAUUCUUCAAAGUUCACUAUGAAGAUGUCGAGAAACGGCUUUUCCUGGGUGUCAAACCAGGCAAAACAAGAAACAUCAGCGAUGGAAUUCCAACUUACAUGGAAGAGUAUCUGGAAGCAAUCGCUAAUGAUCCAAAAAAACUGGCGAGCCCACUUCUGUCGAGAAUCAUGUCACUGUUUCAUGCUCUCUGGAAAAAUAACAUGCAAAUUUUGUGCAAGGAUCUACUUGAAAAGAAAACAUUCUGGCAAUCACUCUGUAACCCUUUGUUCGGUAACAUCGGUGAAAAUAUCAAAGCCUACAGUCAGCUUUUCAACAUUCUCGGAAUAGAACUGUUUAAAAUUGACUCCACCCAGAAAGUGGACGAAACACUGAAGAAAGUUUACGAUCAGUUUCUGGACUACGAAACAUUCUCUCGCUGGGUUGUCUCGGUGUUAGAUCUUCCCAGAAUGAGCGGCAAAAUAAAUGACGAAAGCGGCAUCGGUGGCAUAGCAAUAAAUGAUGAAACUCCCGAGUGGCUUAGUCGGUUGCAGUCGUUCAAAGAUCUGAUGGUUUUACUGAUACGCAAGAAAGAUUCUAGUAUAUUUCUGCCUGACCGUAGCAAACGAUUUCUUGCAAAUCAAUGCCUCGAUGUGCUUAUCGAUCGUGCCGAAUAUUUAGAAGAUCUACGUCCCUUUGUCAUACUAGCUGAGCUGUAUCUUGUAGUUCUCUCAGAUUAUGAACACAAAUAUACCGAAAAUUCCGAGCAGGAUGAAGCAGUACUACAAAAAGUUUCAAAACUACUAAACGCACUGGCGAUUAGUUACAAGGAAAUUCACUUCCGAGCAAAAGAAUCCAUUCUAGCAAUCACCAUCAAAACAAUCGAACUGCAAGCAGAUCAACUAAUAGACAACAACAACAACAACACCUCAGUGAUAUCCAGUGUUGCACGGUCUGUGGUGGACAUCGUCUGUCAAGAAGUCUACGAUUUGGAAACUGCAACGAAGAUAGAAUUGAAAGCCCUUCAAUCGUCCCCGUCGCCUAUUAUUGCCGAUAGACAGACCGCUCUGGUACUAGCACUCAAUCUGUUGAAGAAGCUCAUACUAGUUUUCGAGGAAAAUGGAAGUCCCGCCACAUGGUGGCAGUGCUGGUUCAUCCGGAACAAAGUGUUCCAACGACUUCUCAGCGUAAUCAACACAAUGCUGCACAUAUUCUCAAAACGCAAACUGACCGCUGAGAUUCUCGAAAUAUUAGUUGUGCUAGGCAAAAGUCGAUGCUCUGGUGAAAUGCUGCACUGUGAUAUUGGGGAUUAUCUGUGGUUGAAACUAUUGCCUCCUAAGGAGCUCCUGCAGAGACCCUACGUGAUGGCGAACGUAGCAGAUCACAAAUGGAAAACUCAAGACUGGUGGCCGAUUUACACAAAAGGAAUAGAACUGGUACGGGUGCUUCUGUCCCAGCACAAAUAUCUUUUCUUUCGGGAUGCCGUUUUCUUCGUGGGGAUUCAUGAAGAGUAUUUAAUGGAUUCGUUAUUAUUGGCGAAACAAUCGUUGGAAGGAAAUGCUAUUCUGUUGAUCAAGGGAACGCUCGAACUACUGGGCGAGCUGGUCAACUAUGAGAAGGAAUGGCGACUGGAACAUGGACAAAGCUUGAUAAAUUUGAUGCGCUAUGUUCAGGUGCUAAUGGAUCAUGCCGUAUCGUUGCUUUAUCGGCCAAAAAUUUUGAAAAGACUCGCUGUAGGACUUUCAUCUGCCGAUCUAUGCAAUGAACACGAUGAUCCAAAUGCGGUGGAUACUUCGGAUGAGCUUGUACCGGCUAUGAAUAAUGUGAUUGAGAUCGUUACAUUGUGUGCUAGAUGUCUGCUGAAAUUUAGUCCAUCCUUACUGUGUCUGCUGUGUGAUGUGACGUUUUCGCCCGUUCAGUGGUAUCCUUUGAUAGAGAUUCAGUUUGGUGUACCUAAAAUGAACUCCGAUAGCUAUUCACAGCUUAGUUUUGGUACCGUUUUGCGAUCGAUUUGCCUCUUCACUAAAGUAUUGAACGUUCAACACUAUUCAUUUCAAGAAACUCCACUGAACGAGUUACCUGCGCAUAGCGAUUCAGACUGCGUCGACACCACACCGUCUCUAUCUAAUUCUACACUGGCGCGUCUUAAUAAAUCGGCUUUAGCGGCGGUACAUGGAACGAAUCGCAAAUCCAGGACACCUUUUUCGAAAUCACUGUCCAUGACAUCCGUAUCUAGUUUCACAUCAACAAACGCUAUUGCACUUUCGAACGAACUGCUAACUCAUCUUGAUACCAAACUUUGCAUCAGCGGAUUGGAGUUUGUGUUAACGCUGUUGGCUUCGCAAAGUUUGCUGGCAUUGAAGGACACCAAUCUAUCACAGCGUGAAAAGCAACUCAUCAAGCGGGAGCUCAGUACCGAGUUGUUGAUUUUUCAUGAUUUCGUGAAAAAACGAAUUCAUAAAGAUUCGAAGGAAAUUUUUGCACGAAAAAAGCACGGUUCCGUUCCAAUUUAUAAUGAUUGUACCGACCAGGAUGACAAUGAUCCAGCUGGUAGUGGUACGCCGAAAACUAACGCUCGAGCUCAACCGAAACGACCUGACCGAAGCCAAUCGAUGCGAGUCAAUGUGGUACGGAAGCAACACUUGCAGCAAACCGCUUCCACACCUCUUAGUACGGUGAUUCAAUCACGCUCCGAUCUGAACGUUAACAAACCUUCGUCUUCAACACCUGUGCCUCGAGGCAUUCUCAAACCAGGACACACAUCGUCAUUUAAGCGAGUUAUGUUCGAUGACGAACUGGAAGGCGCGAAGACAUUCGCCUACUCCGUUAUCGAAGAUGAACCUAUAUUUUUCGAGCCGGAGGAAAAUAAAUACACGGGUUUGUCCUAUGUACGAAUUGUCGAAGAGGAUUAUCUGCAUUUGCUUUCCAACUUGUUUAUGAUUAUUUCGCAAAGCGAAAAUUAAGUUCAAACUUGUGUCAUUCAGAAAUAAAAAUAG